AUGAAUGAUAACACCCAGGAUGAAGAGGUGCUGAAGCAGAUUGAGAGGGAGGUGCGGAUGCGGGAGGGGGCCAGUAAGCUACUGGCAGCUUGUUCCAGGAGAGAGCAGGCCCUGGAGGCCUCCAAGAGCCUGCUAACCUGCAAUUCCCGGAUUCUGGCCUUGCUCAGCCAACUACAGAGGAUGAGGAAAGCUCAAAUCCUACAGAGAGUGGGGCGCAGGCCAUCUGAAGACUUAGUGUCAUGUAUGGGAAAAGUAGCACUUUCAGAUCUGCGAAUCCCACUGAUGUGGAAAGACUCAGAGUACUUCAAAAACAAAGGAGAGCAACAACGCUGCGCUGUGUUCUGCCUGCUACAGUGUGGCACAGAGAUCCAUGACACUGAUCUGGUGAUGGUAGACAGGACUUUAACUGACAUCUGUUUUGAAGACACUAUAAUUUUCAACGAGGUAGGUCCAGGGUUUCAGCUCCGUGUUGAGCUGUACAGCAGUUGUGCGGUUGAGGAUUUCUCACCAGCUCUAGGACCCAGGAGAGUGAGCCGUCUGGGGGGCUCUCUGGGAUGCUCCUCUGGGACGAAGAUCCGUGCUGCGUUUGAGUCUGCAACUGGUUGUGGAUCCUGUGGAGAUGUAGGACCUAGAAGUGUGUCACCACCUUUAUCACCUGACCUGUCUACACUGGGGCCUAAGUAUAACCUGCUGGCUCACACAACACUAAGAAUCGAACACGUCCAGGACAGUUUCAAGACACAUGAUUUGUCACUAGCAGCAACAGAGGAUAGUCCAUUCUGGUUGCCUCUGUAUGGCAAUAUGUGCUGCCGCCUAGUUGCUCAGCCUCUGUGCAUGAUUCAGUCAGUCAUAAGUGGCCAACUCAAGGUUAAGCUUGAAGAGGACCUUAAUUGCUGGCAAAAUGUCUGUGGCAUCCUCAGGGGGCAAAGUCUUCUCUGCUAUCAGAAUCAAGAAGACCUGGAGUCUGAGGACAAGCCAUUACUUGUAAUCCACAUUAGAAAGGAUACCCUUGUCUGUGUGUCAGAGAGAGAUUCUGCCCAUUGCCGGAAUAUAUACAUCAGUACACAGCGUCAAGGAGAGGACGUAACCUACAUGCUGACCACGCACACCCCUGAAGACACACAGCGCUGGGCCGAGGCCCUCUGGCAGCACGUCUAUAACAUGAGCCAGUGGAACCAGUGUUGUGAUUGCCUCAUGAAGAUCGAAAUGUUGAGUUCCAGGAAACCCAUGGCAGGAAAGCAGGGAUCGCUCUACCACGAAAUAGUAACACCCUCCGCCCCCAGAGAGGGUCUUGUGGUUCCAGAUUUAUCUGUUGAGAUCCGCACUUUGCUUUCUUCCUACUACAAGGAAAGUUAUUGAUGACCCUGCCACAGUCACACUGGAGGGGUGACGACCUGUCCUUAUUCUAUUCGUUAGUGGUUACUACGCCUGGUCAAGGAAACUGACAUGGACAUGAUAAAUGGUGCUAUUUCAAAAUCCGCAGAGGGCACAUUCUUCUACACAAUCUCCUACCUCGCCUCCAUGACGCUAAACUGUUAACCCAACCAACCAAUAUAUACACCGAUCAGCCAUAACAUUAUGACCACCAUAAUGUUAUGCAGCCCCUUAUGUAACAAACUGCCCUGUGUGUU